AAGCCCAGAAAAAUCAAGAAGACAAACGAGAAAUCACAGGGUCAAUGCCUGCAGUGGCUCCUGAUGAAGUGGCUCAUGUUGCAGAUGGACUGGGUACACAGAAGCCAGAUUCUAAGAGCAGAUCACAUAAAAAGAAAAAGAGGCCCAUUCGAACAAACUCUGAGAAUAAUGCACUGCCCUCUGACGCCAGCAAUCAUGAAAAUAAUGUUGAAAUGAAAGAAGAUGAAAAGGUCAAGGACUCAAAGUCUGAUCUUGAAAAUGUACUCACAACACCCCAAAAAAUCUCAAACAAGCUUGAGGCCAAAGAUGUAAUAUCUCAUUCUGAAAUCUGGCCAAGCCAAGAAGACAUGACAAAACAGGAGGCCAAACCAGGCAGUGUCUUAGCAGCAGAAUCACUUAGCGGCGGCAAACCUGACAUGUCAGUAAACCAUUUAGAGGCACCCGCCCCAGAAACACCCGAACUGCG